AUGGCUAUCUUGUCUUCGAGCAGGGAUCACAACCGACAUUCGUUCUCUGUGUUGGCAUGCAUCCAUGCCUUGAGACGCGACCCCGGCUGCUUCUUAACCGGCCACCAACCCGGCGUGCGCUCGUUUCCCGGGCCAAUUGGCAAGCGGUUGGAAGAGCAAUCCUUCAGAGCCUCGGCUGUGCUCCAGAAUCCGAUGACACGGAAUACGAACUGGGUCAGUCUGAGCAACCCCCAAGCUGAACGAAAAAUGAUCGUGACGAUUCCCGGCCCAGCAGCCAACCAGCUGGGCUCAGAGACACGAAAAGCAUUCAUGGCGAUUCUCCAGGGUUGGACAAGACAGCCCGCUUCCGUCACAGGCUCUGCUGGAGCUUCCCUGUCGUGCUCGCGACGAAGAGCUCGUGUCAACCGGAGCACACCGACCUGCACUUGGUCGCCGCUAAUUAGUUCCAUUUUUAUCCAGGAGGAUAAUAUCCGGCGAGCUAUCAUCGGUUUCGUGCGCCCAGCUCAGCAAUCUAAGCUUUUUCCCAUCAUCUUCCGCUGCACUUACAGGCUCCUCGGCACUCUCAAAGCCCACCCGGCAAUCCAGCAAAGAUGGCAUUCGGACGAUAGCUGGAUGGCUUUUUCGCUUCUGCCUUUGAUCUCUCGAUCGGUCUGCAUCGCCUGGUUCUUCCAUCUCCGCGCAACUGAGACUCCCGGCGAUGACACUCUAGCGAAGAAAUUAGUUAUCCCUUCUCGGGUAACCUAUGCUCUAUUAUAUUGGUCCUCAGCAGACGUGAGCCCUCUUUAUUUUCGAAUGGACGAUGUCACGCUCGUAGACCUCUCGCACCAUGAAAUCGUCUGCGCGUCUAUUGUCGCGAAUGCUGCGUUUUACUACGCGCUGUGGAAAGAAAUCCCCCGUUGGCGUGGUCAACAGGCGCACUCCACACCCCUUAUCCCAUACUUUCUUCCCCUGGAGCAGACUGGAUCUGAAAGUCGAGGGAUACCGAUUAGUCCGAGUCGACAGUCGGAUCCAGAAAGCAGCUCGGAGGUGAUUGACUCGAAGCGUAUCGAGAAGCGCGGGAACAUGCAGCCAACUUUGGUUGACCCGGGCUUCCACUGCGACCUGCGUAACUAG